UCCUUCCCUCUUAACCAAACAAAGCUUAAUUUUUAGAAGGAAAGAAAUUAGACGCCUCCGCCUUUCCCUCUUUAAUAAUCUCUUCUCCGCCUCGCCCCGUCGCCCGUUGGUCGUCGCCUCUCCUCCUUCAUCGUGUUCCUGUUCGUGCACCGACGGGCUCAAGCUUCUCGCUCGCCGUGUUUCUUCUGAUUUCUGUGCUUCUCGCCGUCCUUCCUUUUGUGCUCGAGUUCUUUGCCCUCCGCCGUUGCCUCUUCCUCUUAGUGAUCGUGAGUUCUCGUGUUCUGCCUUCUUGCUCCAGGUUCGUCGCCUCUCCUAUUUUUCUCGAAUCUCGACUCUGUUGUGGUGUGCUUGAGAUUCGAACCUUAAUGUGCCUAUCGAAGAGAACAGCUGAGGUGAUGCUCUCAGUGUUUGCAAGAACUUCUCAACAUCCUUCUUAUCUUCCUCUCUUUCUCUGAAUCUCAAUAGAGACAUGGGUUUCUUCGACCUAAAUGUACCGUACCUAGAACGCUUGCCGACUGACAAGGCCACUCUUGAAAGACAACGUAUAAAGAUUGUCGUGAAGGCUAUGGAGUUGGGCUACACAGGAAUUGCUUAUAACCGUACAAUCAAGGGUGUGAUGUCUGAUAGCCACCGUUGCUGCAUUCCUCUACUCACCCUCUCGUCUCUCCUCAAGGUUGCUCCUUCUCUUUCCUUGUCUGUCAAGCUCCACCGUGACCUUCUAGGAAUCCCAUCAGCUGCCCCGUUCCGUCAGUAUACACGCCUUACUGUUUGCGUGGAGAACUCAUUGCAGGCUCAGGCUCUUAAUUCAGGAAAUCCCAUUUUGAAGACCUAUGAUUUGGUGGCCAUAAGGCCAUUGAAUCAGACUGUGUUUGAUCAAGCAUGUGAAAGAAUGGAGGUGGAUAUCAUUUCGAUAGAUUUCUCUGGCAAGUUGCCCUUUAGACUGAAGCAACCUAUGGUCAAAGCAGCUGUUGAGCGGGGAGUUUGUUUUGAAGUUAUUUACUCUGGUCUAAUCAUGGAUACUCAAAUAAGGAGACAGUUGAUAUGCAAUGCCAAGUUGUUGGUGGAUUGGACUCGAGGAAAAAACAUUAUAUUAUCAAGUGCUGCUCCUUCAGUUAAUGAGCUUAGAGGGCCUUACGAUGUUGCUAAUUUGUCGUCAUUACUUGGGCUUUCCAAGGAGAAAGCUAAAGCAGCCAUUUCUAAAAACUGUAGGACACUUUUAACAAAUUCCUUGAGGAAAAAGCAAUAUUACAAAGGGGCAAUAAAAGUAGAAGUUGGACCAUCUGCUGCAGCAUCUAAGUUUGAAGAAGCUUGGCAUAAUGAGUUGCUUAAGUGGGAUCCCAUCUCUAGUGGUGAAGGUGAUCUGCUAUUGGAUGACAUGGCCAAAUCAUUUUCUUUAUCCUGCAAGGCAUCAAGAACUACAAAAGCCAUUGACUUUGCUUCUGCAAUUGGCAGCAUUCCAUCUCAUGGUUUUCAAGUCGGGGACUUCUUAUCUGCUGCUAAUUCUGCCCCUACCUUCGUAGAUGAUAACGAUAAUUCCCUGCAUGUUACUGAAAAAGUAACUCCCUCAACAGCUGUGCUUAACAACCCAAUUGAGCAGUCAUCCACUCUUGACGUUUGUCCUGAAUCAGACAAAGGAUUAUCUGAUGCUCCAGCAAUACAUCAUGUUUCCCACUGUGACAGUGUUACACUGAAAAGUUGCACUAACGGCUCUUCUGGAGCUUUUAGAGUCACUAAAGAAAUAGAGACUCCAACAAGUGGUACAAAGUUAGAGUUCAAAUGUCUAAAUUAUAUAGAUGAAAAUUGCACCUAUUUAAAAGAAAAAACACAUGAAUAUGCAUCAGAUAAAUGCAUCACUAGUAUUGCAUUGGAUGGUAUAAUUCCAGAGGAGGAUGAGAAACUGGACACAUCCUCAGCAGAUGCCAAACUGGAGGGGACACACGAUAUUCAUGGGAUCGCCAAGAUGCAGGAAACUUGGCCAAAGGAGGAUAUUGUAAUAGGAGAGCGUACCGCCUUGGAGAUGAACCAAUCUAUAUGUGAAACUUCGAUGGCGGAUGAACAAUUUAAACGACAUGAAUCUGAAGCAAUUGAACUUGGUGAGAUGUCACAAAAAACAUGUCAUGAGGUACAAAUGGAAGAUGAUUGUUCAAUUGCAACGCAAAUAACAGCAAAUAUAACUAUGAAAGAUCAAAAGCAUGUGGAAGGUUGCAUUUACUCUCACCAGCAUGGCAAGGUUCAGUCUAUGCCAGGUAGAUCUAGAGUGAAGCGGGGGACAACGAGCGGAAUGCAUCUAUCACCUUUCAAGCGAUUAUUGAAUCCAAUGCCUUUCAAGAAGAAAGCUCAAAAAAUAAAAACUAAAACUAAGAUGAAAUAAUUGUGAUUAAUUUUCUUUAAUUUGCCUAGAUUCGAUCAAUUAUUAAUGUAUCCAUUUUAUUUAGUGGUGGAUAAUUAUACAAUCCCCAUGCUUAGCUUAUUUUGUUAGUGUAUUAAUACACUCGUCACUUUUCGGUCUAAUGUUCAUAUCAUUUUUUUUAACAA